CGUUGCAACAUUGCCGAGCUUGCAAGAAAAAUAAUUAAAACUCUCAAAUCGAAUUUUAUAGAGACGCUUAGUGAAGUGAGUCAAAGACGUUUUUCAGCAUUUUGUGUGGAAAUAUAAUAAUUAAUAUAAAGAAACAAAACAAAAGGGGAAGAAAGUAAAACAAUUCAACAUUUCGAAAUAACUCACAAUGUCCUUUCGAGCAUACGAUAUGAAAACAUUUUUAGUGUAUCCAGAAUUUGCCUUAAAUUUGGCUUGUUUCGAGUCAUUCUUCUGGAGCGAAAACCAGUAUCUCCAUAAAUCCACUACUUGGUAUCGACUGAAGCGAUUAAUCUAUAUAAUAAUCACUAUAAUACUGCUUGUACAUAUCUGCGCAGUGACUGCUAGUGCUUUUGUGCCACGUGUGACGCCGGAGGCCGAAGCAUAUUCGCCAAGCGAUUCGAAACUAUUCGAGGUACUUGCUAUAGUGAGCUACUUUUGUUGUAGCUUUUAUAAGAUGUGGAACAUUUUUUGGCGUCGCGACGACAUCUGUAGAGUGAUGGAAGAACUCAAGGCACUAUUUCCGAGCAUCGCUAAACAGAAGAGACUUGCGGAGUUAAAUGAGUCCAAAGAGGGGAAAAUUGGUUCCGGUGGUAUAUAUCGUCUUGAGUAUUACGAGGAAAAGUCACGCACUAUAAUGCAGUUUAUCACGCGGUACUUUAUGUUCGCCUACGUUGCCUACAAUAGCAUACCGGUCAUGCAGCUAUGCUUUGCAGUUAUAACACAACAUGAGCAUAUUACGUAUCGCGCUCAAGCCAACGCCUGGUAUCCGUGGCACAAUCACAAUGAUCACUCUUCUUUCUUGGGUUUCAUGCUCUCAUAUUUGACGCAAGCAAUUGUGGAGUAUACCAGCAUUACGUUUGUAAUGAGUGGUGAAUUUCUCUUUUGCUUUUUCACCACACAAAUGCUGAUGCACUACAAUUAUCUGUGCAGCGCAUUGAGUGCUUUGGAUGCCAGUGCACCAGAUGCGGUUAGGCAAUUGAAAGCGCUUAUCAGCUAUCACACCCACUUGUUGCGUCUUUCUAAACUUAUUAAUUCCAUAUUCAAUUUGACCUUUGCCUUGGACUUGAUAAUUACCACAUUUGCGAUUUCCUUGAUGGGCUUGGCUAUUGUGUUGGUUAACUUUGCCGACGCGCUUAUGUUUUCGGCAGGUUUUUCCUUCUUCUUACUGCUCGGAUAUCUGUUUUGCAACAAUGGUGAUGAAAUCUUAAGAGAGACCAUGCAGAUAAAUUCAGCCAUUUUCUAUAGCAAUUGGUACGAGGGCUCGCCGGAAUAUCGUCGGCUCAUUAUCUUCUUCAUAAUGCGCACCAAAACACCUUGCCAGUACCAGGCUUAUGGAUAUACACCACUUUCAAUGGAAACUUAUAUGAGGAUUUUGAAGCUAUCAUAUCAGAUGUUCACAUCUGUUCGCGCCAUUGAGUAAUGGAAUGUCAUGAACUUAAUAUUUAUGCACACAGUAGUUGCACCAUAACAGAUUUCAGUUACCGGAGGGCAUCAAAGUCCUUUUCUUUAGCACUGUUUAAGCAUUCGGGAAAUUACUUAGAAUAAAUAAGCUCAAUAGAUAACCUACAAAACAAAACAAGUAAGGAAAGGCUAAGUUCGGGUGCAACCGAACAUUUUAUACUCUCGCAAUUUAAUUUAUUUAGAGAUUUACCUAUAUUUUCGGUGAAAAAUUAACCUUAGGCACUGAGUUCUUCAUGUUCGAUAUCAGGGGCCUUGAAAAGUCAUGGUUCGAUUUUGACAAUUUUUCCACAAGCGAUGUCACUGCUCCAAUACAGUAUUUGUGUAAAGUUUUAUUUCGCUGUCUUUAUCGGUUCCUUAUGUAUACAUUAUUAAGUGAACGAAUCAGAAGGAUUCAAAAUUGAGUUAUAUGGGAAGAAAGCGUAGUGGUGAACCGAUUUCGCCCAUAUUCCACCAGUGCCAUCAGGGUGUCAAGAAAAUAUUAUAUACCGAAUUUCAUUGAAAUCUGUCGAGUAGUUCUUGAGAUAUGAUAUUUGACCCAUAAGUGGGCGACGCAACGCCCACUUUCCAUUUUGUAAAAAAAUCUCAGUGCAGUUUCCUUCUGCCAUUUCUUAUGUAA